AUGGAGGAGGAGGGCAAGAAGGGCAAGAAGCCUGGGAUCGUGUCGCCGUUCAAGCGAGUGUUCCUGAAGGGGGAGAAGGGCCGGGAUAAGAAGGCUCAGGAGAAGGUGACGGAGCGGCGCCCGCUGCACACGGUGCUGGUGGCGCUCCCCGACCGCGUGGAGCCCGACCUGCUGCUCCACGACUACAUCGAGAAGGAAGUCAAGUAUUUAGGGCAGCUCACGUCCAUCCCGGGGUACCUGAAUCCCUCCAGCCGCACGGAGAUCCUGCACUUGAUCGACAACGCCAAGAGAGCCCACCAGCUCCCGGGACAGCUGACCCCCGAGCACGACGCUGUCAUCAGCCUGUCUGCCUACAACAUCAAACUGGUGUGGAGGGACGGGGAGGACCUGAUCCUCAGGGUGCCCAUCCACGACAUCGCCUCCGUCUCCUACAUCCGGGAUGACUCCGCUCACCUGGUUGUGCUCAAGACAGCUCAGGAUCCCGGGAUCUCUCCGAGCCAGAGCCUGUGUGCCGAGGGCUCCAAGGCGCUGACGUCGGGCUCGCUGUCAGAGAGCGCAGGGGGGCCCCUGGAGUCCUGCUGCCUCGUGGUGCUGGCCACAGAGAGCAAGGUGGGUGCUGAGGAGCUGUGCUCCCUGCUCAGCCAGGUCUUCCAGAUCGUUUACACCGAGUCCACCAUCGACUUCCUGGACCGCGCCAUCUUCGACGGCGCCUCGACCCCCACGCGGCACCUGUCCCUGCACAGCGAUGACUCUUCCACCAAAGUGGACGUGAAGGAGCCCUUCGAGGCGGAUGCCAGCACUUUUUCCUUUGCAGACACGCUGGAGGCAGGGGACACGUCCCCCUCGUCCUUCUCGGCACACCCGUCCCCACACGUGACCACGGCCAGCGAGAGCGAGCUCAGCACCACGGCCACCGAGCUGCUGCAGGACUACAUGAUGACGCUGCGCACCAAGCUGUCCUCCCAGGAGAUCCAGCAGUUCGCCAUGCUGCUGCACGAGUACCGCAACGGCGCCUCCAUCCACGAGUUCUGCAUCAACCUCAAGCAGCUCUACGGGGACAGCAGGAAAUUCCUGCUGCUGGGCCUGCGUCCCUUCAUCCCCGAGAAGGACAGCCAGCACUUCGAGAACUUCCUGGAGACCAUCGGGGUGAAGGACGGCCGCGGCAUCAUCACCGACAGCUUCGGGCGCUACCGGCGCUCCCUGGGCCCCGCCUCCGCCUCCAACGGCACCGGCGCCGCGGGCAGCUCGGACGAGCAGUCCGUGCCCUCGGAGGAGGACGAGUGGGACAGGAUGAUCUCCCACAUCAGCAGCGACAUCGAGGCCCUGGGCUGCAGCCUGGACCGGGAUUCGUCCUGAGGGAGCUCGGGAAUCGCGGCUGCUCCCGCCUGGAACUCGGGGCUGCCCUCGGGGGGGGACGCUGAGACACCCCCGGGGGGGAAUGUGGGGCUGCCCCCGUGGGGACAUGGAAUGUGGAGCUGGUCCCAGGGGGAUCCUGGGACGUGGAGCUGCCCCUGGAGGGACCCCAGAGCAGGGAGCUGUCCUCAGGGGGAUCCCAGGACACAGAGGGGGACCCUGGAGCUGCCCUCGGAGGGGACAUGGAGCACGGAGCUGCCCCUGGAGGGGCCCAAGAACACCAACCUGUGUCCUCGUGGAGAUCCUGGAACAUGGAGCAGCCCCUGGAGGGAUGCUGGGGGAUCUGGGGGCUCCAGCAGGAUUCUGCACGGCCCCAGCCUCGUCACCAGCUCCAGGGGCUCCCUGCAGAUCCUGGGGCUCCAGCUGGGACUUGGGGGAGAGAUCUGGGUUUGGAUUUUGGGGACAGGUCUCCCAAAGGGACAGAUCUGCUCCUGAGCAUCCCUGUCUGCUCCCGAGGGAUGUCCUGAGUGUUGGGAUCCAUUCCAAGGAUCCCAAGGGGCUGGAUCUGCUCCCCCCCAGUUUACAGUUUGCACAGCGGGUCCCCCAGAGCUACCCCCCCCAAAUGAAGUUUUACCACAAUGUGAA